AUGAAGUUUCAGGGUCAUCAGUGUGAUAUUUCCUGGCCGCCUAUACCGAUGGAAGGACUAACAGGAACCUCGAACUCCUUGGUCAAAGAAGCUGGUCUACAAGAUGGCGAACUGAAGGAAGUAGCCGCGACUCCCCACUGUGGUUCUAGGGUCCGAUGCCUAAGGUUGCGGUCCACACGUGUUUUGGAUGAGGCCUAA